AUGCCUAGGACAUUGCCAUGGCUUCGCGCCGAAAAUAACAUUCCUGUGAAAAAAGCGUCAACACCGCGAAAGCGCGUGAAGACGGAACCCAGUCCUGAUCACGACCUCACUCCUAAAAACCCUCGAGUUUCUCCUCCAAGGCGCGAUUUCUUCAGAUCCUCCCAAAGCCCGCCGACCUCUCCUAUCAGACGCUGCCCCUCCGAAGAAUUUUUGGUUGAAGGAAUCCAACACGAUGAUGGCUGGGUCAUGGUAGAAGAUGAGUUCUAUGCCGUCGCGCAAGCAUUUACUCAACAUCUACAUCAUGCGGAGUACCUACGACGGAGAAAGCAAGUGAAAGCCGAACAUGCAGCCGGAAUGAAAGAGAUCGAGAGGCCUACCGACAACCGUACCCCACUGCCAAAUGAGGUUGAACGAAAAAGAGAAGCCGAAGCACUCAGGGAGCGACAAAAAGCCGGGCUCGCCCAGAUUGGAGACGGAGGAGUCGACGAGAAAGAUGAAGAUGAAGAUGAUGAGAGAUGGGCUGGAACACAUCUUCACGAUCUUAUGACGAGCCCACGAAAAACACGAUCCUUGGCGGGAGUCUAUGCGCCCAAGUCCUCUACUAGAGCCGCUGCGGGCUUUGGACAGGCGCCUACUUUAGGUACUGGAUGGGCCCGGGUGAACAGCAUCGGGAGUGUGGCUGCGCCACCAAGAGCACCAGAAGUUCCGGUGAUCGAACUGGAUGAAGAGACAGCCUCGGGUUCGGAUGACGACGACGAUCUUAACCUAGAAACAAAGCCAGUCGUGUUGCCGCCACAAAGAACAAAUGCCACUCCACGAAAAUGUCAAACUCACGAUCAGACAACACCACGAGCUCGGCAGCAAUCUAAAAUACAAAGCACGUUUACGUCAAAUCCGAAAGUGAAACCGACAUACGGACGACCCAGUCCAGCGAAUGCGUAUAAAUCACGGGUUCAAUCACUUUUUGAUGACCUUGAUGAACUGCCAGAGUCAUCUCGGGUAAAUAACUCUAUCUCUAACAAGUCCAGUAGUGAACCGACUGCAAGACAAUCGCCUGUAACAGGCGGAGGGAACAAUUUAGAUGCAAAAAAAUCCCGGCACAAUGAAGUGCCCACCUUCUUGGUGUGA